AUGCCAAUGACAGCUGCAGAACGUCAAAAAAAAUAUAUAGAAAAACUGAAACAACAAAAUCCAGAUAAAAAAGAAAAUGUUGCCAAAGCUAAACAAGCCAAUUCUGCCUAUAACCAAAGCAUCGAAGAAAAUACUCUAAAAGAUAACAUAGAAUUGCGUAAACAGAAUACGGUUUUGAAAAAUAAGACAAUUGACAAUUUUAAACGCCAAAAAUUGAUAAUAAAUGACGAGCAAGUAAACGAUGAUGGGGAAUAUAAAUCACAACAACAGAAUGAAGCUACACCACUUACUAAAGCGAAUAUAUUUGUUGAUGCAACGGUGUCAUCGAUAUUAGAAUUAGAUAAAAAAAAGCUCUUUGAAUUAAAUGUACUCUCAGAUUCACUUAAAACAGUUUAUUCAAGAACAAACACAAUUAAAACAAAAAACCCCUUGAAGGCUAUCGUUGAUAAUGCAAUUACAAACAAAUAUAAAAUCAAAAAUAAAAUGCUGGCCACUGCUGGGAAGCAAGAAACUAAAUCAAAAAAGAAACAGAAAGAACAAAAACGUCAUCUUUUAAAUUCGAUGCUGAACUUACAUAAAAAUCUACGAUGCCAAAGUUCUGGUGAUUCUGCUACAGCUGCCAACAAACAAGUAGAGAUGUUCAAUUUG